GGCUGAGGGAGGGUCUGGGGAAAUGCAGGGCAGGUGGCAGCAGCUGCAGAGCAAGCUGCCUGCUGAGGGGUCUCACAAGGGGUCUUACAUUGUCAAACCUGGCUACACGCUUAAAAGGCCGUGCUGCGGGAAAGCAAAACUCCAGUGAGUGCCAAAUGGUUGGCUCUGAGUGUUGUUCAAGUUCAUCUCCAGGGCUCCAAACAUUCCUGCGAAUGGAACUUCACUCAACUUUUUCCCUGAAUGACAUUCCUCAUGUAUAUGGUUUCUCUGAUUGACAUGGGAGGGGCUGGGAGCAGAGUGAUCAUCAGAGUGACCCCUGCCCCACCCCUGGGAGCUUAUAGAAGGGACAAGGGCCUGUGGAAGUCUGGAGAAGGUCUGAUUAGCAGGGGAGGGGGCAGUCAGGGAAAGCUUCACAGAGGAAGUGACAUUUGAGCUGGGCUCUGAAGGAUGAAUAGGAGUUUAUUGGUUGGACUAGAGCAGAGAAAGGGUAUUCUGGGUAGAGAGGAGAGCGGGGCCCAGAGGAUGAAACAGGACACUGAGGCCCAGAGACUCCAGGGCUGGGACUUGGGCCAUGUGGUGCUCUCCCCAGUCUGGUUCCUCUACAGCCUGUUCAUGAAGCUGUUCCAGCGCUCCACCCCAGCCAUCACCCUAGAGAGCCCGGACAUCAAGUACCCGCUGCGGCUCAUCGACAAGGAGAUCAUCAACCAUGACACCCGGCGGUUCCGCUUUGCCCUGCCGUCGCCCCAGCACAUUCUGGGCCUGCCCAUCGGCCAGCACAUCUACGUCUCGGCGCGAAUCGAUGGCAACCUGGUCGUCCGGCCCUACACGCCCGUUUCCAGCGAUGAUGACAAGGGCUUCGUGGACCUGGUCAUCAAGGUUUACUUCAAAGACACCCAUCCCAAGUUUCCUGCUGGAGGGAAGAUGUCCCAGUACCUGGAAAACAUGAAGAUUGGAGACACCAUUGAGUUCCGGGGCCCGAACGGGCUACUGGUCUACCAGGGCAAAGGCAAGUUUGCUAUCUACCCAGACAAGAAAUCCGACCCGGUCAUCAAGACGGUGAAGUCUGUCGGCAUGAUUGCAGGAGGAACAGGCAUCACCCCAAUGCUGCAGGUGAUCCGUGCCAUCUUGAAGGACCCGGAUGACCACACCGUAUGCCACCUGCUCUUUGCCAACCAGACCGAGAAGGACAUCCUGCUACGGUCUGAGCUGGAGGAACUGAGGAACGAACACUCCACUCGCUUCAAGCUCUGGUUCACAGUGGACCGAGCCCCAGAAGCAUGGGACUAUAGCCAGGGCUUCGUGAACGAGGAGAUGAUCCGCGACCACCUUCCGCCGCCGGAGGAGGAGCCGCUGGUGCUGAUGUGUGGCCCCCCGCCCAUGAUCCAGUAUGCCUGCCUACCCAACCUGGACUGCGUGGGCCACCCCAAGGAGCGCUGCUUUGCCUUCUGAUUGGGGGGGGGUGUGCCCACCGCCUGCCCACGCACUCACCACGCACCUGUCCUCGCCCACCCCUCCGCGCCAUUGUUCUUUAACGUCCCCCCGCCCCAGAUCUGUCCACAUCUACACUGGGGCCUGGGUUCAGUCUGGCCUGCCCGUGCUCUGGGUGGCCACCUGCUGGGCUGGCCCCCGGGGUGCCCCAUUGGGAGCAGGGUCCUGGUUUGGGUGGGUGCCUUUCCAGCCCUUACACACACGCGCACACGUGCACACGUGCACACGUGCACACACGCACACGCACACACUACAGGGCCGAGGCUGCCAGCACCAGUCUCCUGCACAUCCAGCACUGGACCAGAGUCUGGAAAGAAAGGUAGAUGGACGGGCAGCCUAGGACUGCAGGGGUCAGAGGCCGCCUCAGCCGCAUCCUGGUGACCCUUGUCUGCCACCCCUUACUGCCAGCCUCAGGGCCCCGGGGAGCCGGGCCUGUGCCGGACCACGGCUAGGCCUGGGACCCGAUGCUGCAUGAGAGAGGUGACGCCAGAAAGCCCUGGUGGGGGGUGGGGGCCGCGGGGGCUGAGAGGGGGCCUCUGCCUCCCAGCCAGGGCCCAGGUAGGCCCUGACCAGCUGGGAGCUCAGCUAUCCUCGGAGCUGCAGAGGGUGCUGGCCAAGGGCCCCCCAGGCUGGCAGGAUCCCCAGCACACCUACAUUUGGCUGCCUUGGGGGUUCUGAGCUCUCAGCUCGAUUGCUUUAGGUGCCUGGCUUCCCAGCCAGGGCCGCCAGCCCGAUGGUGGGGCUAAGACGUUUAUUUAUUCCUCUGUCCCAAACUCUCCUCCUCCUCCUGCCCUCGCCCUGGCUUAGGGGAGACUUUGAGCAGUGCCUCUUGUCCGAGAGACGUACAAAUACUCGGUGGCCGCCACGUUGCCUUCAGACAACAGCUGUGUUAGCCUCUUGCAUAUCGGCUUUUCAGAGUCAUUUAUGAGCAGAAAAAAAUCGAAGUAAAAUUUAGCUAAUGUUAACCUG